CUUACUCAAACCCCAGCUAGACGCACAGCCUGAAGCUUGUUAUACCCAAGCUAAGCUCACAUCCAUGGCGGCUUUAUCCACUUGCAGAUCAGUUCUCCUCUUUCUGAUCCUCUUCAUCUUCCUCCAAGCUCUCUUUGUUGCUUCGACCGAGUUCGAGGUCGGUGGCGAUGACGGAUGGGCCAUCCCGAAGUCAAAGAAUGUCGAGGAUAUGUACAACCAGUGGGCUUCCAAGAAUCGCUUCAAAGUCAACGACACGAUAAAUUUCAAGUAUGAAAAGGAUUCCCUCAUGGAAGUGAACGAAGACGAGUACAAGAAAUGCAAAUCCUCUCAGCCCCUCUUCUUCGCCAACAACGGCAACACCAACUUCACGCUGGACCGCCCAGGUCUGUUCUACUUCAUCAGCGGAGUCUCAGGCCACUGCCAGAGAGGACAGAAGAUGAUCAUCAAAGUCAUAGAACCCCAGUCCCCUCCCCCAGCUACUAGCCAGAACUCGACCGCCCACUCCCGUUCAUCCAAGACCAUUCCGAUGCCUGUGAGCGGCUCUUCCUUGAUCUUCGCGGUCGUAAUGACGUUCUUCGGGAGCCCUCUUGCUCUAAUAGUGCAGUAGGUCUUCUGCUACUUCACAAAUUC